UUUAAAUAGUUUUACCAAAUAAUUACUAAUUAUACUGUGACUAAUUAUAAAUGUUUCAAGAUAAAAGCAAUUACAUCAUUUGAAGAAGGUUAUCUUGCUAACAUAGCAGAAAAAAUCCAAUCAGUCUAUGAUUGUUGACUUGCGAACAACAAAGAUGAAAUCCAAGUGUUUAAUGUUGCUUUUACUGUUUACUAUUGUAAUGGAACUUGAAUCGAAGAGUAUUAGCAAUGACCUACUAUGCGGUUGCAAAAUUCCAUGCCCACUCCAGAAAGUGUGUCCAAAGGGUGCAGUUUCGGUUAAAGAUCCCAACGAUCCAUGCUUGCGAUGUCCUAAUUGUCCCUACUGUGCCUUCGUUAGAGGUUUAUUCGGAGCUUGCAACUAUAAGCCUGGUGAGGGUAGUCGACCGGAAACUGUGCAUAUCUGCGGCGAGAACUUGACCUGUGUGUUCGACGAAGAGGAUGAACAGAGAGGGGUUUGUCUUCCCACUCUGCUCGUCUGCCCUCCUUCUCCAGACAAGUAUCGCCAUCUCACUGAAGAGGAAUUGUACCUUCCCGAUCCUGACAACUGGCCGGCUUAAUGAACAAAACCACAGAAAAAAACUACCACAUUAAACUACAAAAAUAAACACAUUAUAAACUACAAUUUUCUCCCUGUAACUAUUGUCAGGGAGGAAAAUUUCCACCAAAUAUGAACUCUACUUGAAUUUGAUCAUAAAUUAGAAGGAUUAGAAUAUAUGAAUUCAGGGCUACCCUACUUAUAUUUAUUUAUAAAAUAGAUUUAUUAUAGUACCCUUUUUGAAAUUAAUAAAAUUUUCAAUUUAUUUUUUAAAACCUGAAGAUGGUGUGGAUUACCAUGGAGAAACAAAAAGCAUAAGUAGAUAUCCCAUGGUAUAGGGCGUUUAUGUCGCAACUUCUACUGUUAUCUCAAGCCGAUUACUGUUGGUUAUUGUCGAAGUUUACAGUUUUUCUUGGGGUGAGAGUGUAUGAACGGCACAAUAUGAGAGACUACCAGUGUCACACAGCUUCACGGGAAAGAAUUACCUACAUGAACUAUCAGCUUGAGAUAACAGUAAAAGUUGCGACAUAAACGCCCUAUACCAUGGGAUAUCUACUUAUGCUCUUGUUUCUCUAUGGGAUUACUGAGACUAGUUGUUAUAAUUUGUAUUUUAAAUCUAUUAUUUUAUUAAUCUCAAAAAUUAAUAAAAUUAUCAAUUUAUUUUUUCAACCUGAAGAUGGUGUGAAUCACUGAAACUAUAGUUGUUAUAAUUUGUAUUCUCAAUCUAUUAUUCUAUAAAUUUCAAGAAAAAGUUACCUAGACUACUAUAAUUCUAUUUCAUAAAAAAAGAAUAAUUAUGGUAGAUAAAUCAUGGACUGAGGUAGGUACUCUCAUUCAAUUAAAAAACAUGCAACCACUGUGAGUUAUUCAUUAAUUUAUUUAUUAUCUCUUUAUUAUAUUGUUCACUUGAAUAACAGAGUACUAUUGGGCUAGCAUAUCAUUUACAUUUAGUUUAUUUGUUGUGGUACUUUCCUAGAAGUUGUUUGAUUCUGACGAAUAAAUAAAAAAAUAAAAUUAUUGAAAUAAUUUUAAUAAUAUUCGUAUGGCUUUUAUUGGUGGGGAGUUCCAGACGGUUGAUCCACCUCGCCUGAAUAUAUCAUUUAUUUAUUUAUUAGGUUAGCACAAACAAUACAAAGAUUGGAAAAGAAAAAAACAGGCUAUUGCCCUAAACUUCUUCAAUUUCCUAAUUUAGUUUUCAAAUUGUCCAAGUAUUAUACAUAGGUUAUAUCCAUUUCAAUUUCCCACACCAAAUCACAAUCUGAGGAUAUAGAUUAGAAUAAAACAAACAAUUUAAAAUUUGAAUAGAUUGAUAGUAAAACUUUUGUAAAAACAUGAAACAAACUUUAAAUUUACAAAAUAAAGAAUAACACCACUUAAAUUUUGAGCUCGAAAAUACUACGUUCACCUCAGCUACAUAACAUUUAAGCUGUCAAUGGGUCUUACGACUGUCAUACUCCAGCCGGGACU